CGGUUCACAGUGAUUGGACCUGAUCAGCCUGUCACUGCCAUCAUGGGGGAGGACAUUAUUUUACCCUGUCACCUGUCCCCCAAGAUGAGUGCUGAGAACAUGGAAGUGAGAUGGUUCCGAUCUGAGUUCACUUCAUUUGUGCACCUCUAUCAGCAUGGAAAGGAUGAGUAUGGGCAGCAGAUGCCAGAAUAUCAUGGAAGGACAGAGCUUUUGAAAGCUGGCAUCGUGGAUGGGAAUGUUGCCUUGGGAAUUGUCAAUAUCAGACUUUCUGAUGAGGGACAGUACCGCUGUUUUGUUCAAGAUGGUGUCUUUCAUGAAGAAGCUGUAUUGGAAUUGAAGGUGGCAGCUUCAGGUUCUGCACCUCACAUCUCUGUUGAGGGUCACCAGGAUGGAGGGAUCCGAGUGGUGUGUCAGUCGGCCGGAUGGUACCCGGAGCCCGAGGUGCUGUGGAGAAAUCUCAAAGAGCAGCCUUUGUCUUCGUCAACUAAAACCAAAUCUGAAGAGGAACAUGGUCUCUUUGAAAUAAAAAAUUCUAUCAUUAUAACAGAAAAUUCAAACAAGAAUUUGUCCUGUGCUAUAAGGAACACCCACCUGAACCAAGAAAAAGAAUCAAUAACAUUUUAUAUAUCAGAUUCUUUUUUCCCAAGAGUAUCUCCCUGGAUGGUGGGUUGGAGUGUGACUUUGGUGAUUUUGUUGGUGUUCGUCGGCCUUACUCUUUUUCUGUUCAAAUUAAAAGGGAAACAUCUCAACACUAUCAGUAAACUUCAAACAGAGCUAGAGUGGAGGAGAUCCCUGGGUGAUGCAGCGAAUGUGACUCUGGAUCCAGACACGGCUCAUCCAGAACUUGUCCUGUCUGAGGAUCGGAAAAGUGUGAGAUGGGCAGACACACGGCAGGAUCUGCCCAACAACAAUCCUGAGAGAUUUGACACUGAGCGCUGUGUGCUGGGCUGUGAGGGGUUCACCUCAGGGAGACAUUACUGGGAGGUGGAGGUGGGAGUUGGGCUACUCUGGGCUGUGGGGGUGGCCAGGGAGUCUGUGAGGAGGAAGGGAGGGAUCAGCCUUAGCUCUGAGGAGGGGAUCUGGGCUAUGGAUCAGAGGCAGGGCCAGUACCAGGCUCUCACCGCUCCUGUGACCCCCCUGCUCCUGAGCCAGGCCCCCAGCAGGAUCCGGGUUUGUCUGGACUGUGAACGGGGGCAGGUGACAUUUAUCAAUGCUGCUGACGAGGCCCCGAUCUUCACUUUCCCACCGGGCUCUGUCCCUGGAGAGAGAAUCCACCCUUGGCUCUGGCUGGGGAUGGAAAGCCAGCUCAAACUGUGUCCCUGAGGGAUGGGGGGGUAUAUCCCACUGGGGACCCUGAAAUUAGCCUGUCUAGUCUCACACACCCCAGUCUCUAUGAUCUUGGCAUCACCCAGUCCUAUGGCCUCUUAAUUCUAUGUCCCCUGGAAACUCCUCCCCCCUCCCUCCCUGCAGCACAGAGAUUUAUA